AUGCCACCAAAGCAGUCGCCCCCAAGUUUUGGUGAACACUACGAAAUAUAUAUUAACAUUUCCAGCAAGAAGAUUCCGCAGAAAAACGAGCAAAUUCUACGAAGUUUGAAGCAGUUACCAUACGUGGCAGCCCUUCAACCACAGCACACGCUCACCUCCGAGGAUCUUGAUCCUUACCAUACGCAAUUCGAACAGAUGUCAUCAGAGCAACAAGAAGUCAUUAGCAUUGCUAUUAAUGAAGCAGCACCUCAAAGAGGGGACAACACGCAUCUCCAACAGCAAGGCGAACAGGCUGGUAAAGUCAGCAUGCAGAAAAGAGUGAAGAAAAAGAAGAAACAAGCUCCCACGAAAGAGGUCGAUCUGAAAGAAUAUGUUGUUGAUAAUAAACUGCGUCAAAUGGCAGGAUUGAAGAAGAUGAAGCUGAAAACCGCAGGAGUCUCUGGGAAUGUUCACGAAAACUCUGAAGAAUGGGUGGAACGGAAAGGAAUAAGAAAGGAGAAGAAGAUGACUCCGGCAAAGAAGGUGAUCUAUUUCUACUUGUGCCUAAUGGCUGAGUGUGAUGGUACACUGAUACUUCAGCUAAUAUUGAAAAACCGGGCAAACUUGGAGAUUUUGGGCACGGAACCGGUCAGAUUAUCUUUCAUACCUACGCGUUUGGACAACAUGGUAAUGGAACUUCUAAAAAAGCUGCGGAAACAAACUGACGCUGCGAGGGCGAAGAGGUCGUUUGUGUGCGGACUUCAUGAAUCGCUCAAACAUGUUAGGGCAGAAAAUGUGAAGUGCGUCAUUGUGGCGCGAAAUAUCGAUGAAGAAAUAUUUUCAGGACCAUCGCUCUUCCACACACUCCGUGAUGAAUGCGUAGCCCAUGAAAUCCCAAUAGUCCAUGCGUCGACGAAAAGGCUGCUCAGUCGAGUUGUGCAGAAAUUCCCGUAUAUCAGUAUCAUUGCUCUGUUCUAUUUCCAAGGAUUUGAGGAGCUUUAUUGUGACAUUAUACAAGAAUGGAAGGAAAGUGAUUCUCACAUUCAUUAUCAUGCUGACCAAAGAUCAUUAGGAGAAAGUUCUGGACGAGCUGACACGUCGAGACAAAGCAUGGAAGAAAGCUGGUCUCUCCACGGCAUUCAUUGCAUUCUUCUGGCAUGUCAUUCACCUGUUGAAGUUGCCACUGAAUCCACUGACUUUGCUUCAACUGCGGAAUCGACUGUGCAAAUGAAUCGGAUUCAUGAUCAUGAAGAUACCUAG